UGUUGCCGAGACCACAUGUUUCAUUCCUAUUAUUCAUUCGUAAUCGCGCUCACCUGUUUUCAUGUUUGUCAUUUUUUAUCGCUCGUAUACGCGAAAUUAAUUGCUCGAAAUGAAGCGUUAAUUUUCACCGAUGAAAAGCUGCCGGAGUUGAUUACAACAUCUUCUGGGGCGAUUUUAAAUUGCUGGAGAAAAAACAAGUCUUGCUGGAGGCUUCAGAUCGGCUCAAAAAUGUCGGAGAAAUCGAUUCAAGCAGACAUGGAGGCAUAAUGGUAUAACAAUCGAAGAUCGUAUUACGCCAACAUGAUUACGACGACCAGACUGCAUCGACACGAAUCGAAUCUCUUGCCACCUGCAGACACCGGGCAGAUUGUAUCAGCUGUGAUGGGGUACUUGGAGAACACGACGAUGUCGAAAGAGGAGUUAACUGCUGAAUUUGACAAACCAUCACCGCAGGAUGUAAAAUUAUCGAAAUUAUUCAAUUUCAGCCUGCCAGAUGCUUUCGAAAUAAUUAUGGAGCAUAAACGAAAAUUAGAUCAAGUGUUUGUACAACCGGUGGAAAUCUCGUUGAUUGUGAUAUAUGCCGGUUUAAUGUCGUGGGGUAUUAUUGCAAAUGUUUUAUUGUGUUUUAUCGUCGUGCGACAGUGUAUGCGCAAAAAUAUGACCAACAAUGGGCCAUCGCCGCGAAAUUUAUAUAUAGUGAAUUUAGCCAUAGCCGAUAUGUUAUUAUGCAUGAUAUGCAUGCCAUUUACCUUAUUCUCGUUAUUGAAAAGAAGAUGGACGUUGGGUAUAUUGUUAUGUAAAAUGGUACCGAUCGUUCAAGGCACCAAUAUUAUGGUAUCUUCUGGAACCAUUACAGCUAUUGCAUUUGAUAGGUAUUUCACUAUCGUGAGAUCUCCGAGAGAUGCAAUGUGUAGAUGUAGCGUUUCCACGACGUUGAUACUCAUAUGGAUUACGUCGUUUUUAUGUGUACUGCCAUUGGUGUUUUUUCAACAAAUUGAAGCUGUAGCGUUAGGCGAAUUCGUUCUGUAUGAAGUCUGCUUGGAAAAAUGGCCUUCGUCAGAAAUGCAGAAAUCAUACACGAUAACGUUGGCUGUGGCUCAGUUCAUAAUACCUUUAGUCGUGCUGACUGCUGUACAUAUGAAGAUAUCCGUUUAUCUGAACGUGCAUUUGAACGAACCGUCGAGAAAUUCAUUCUGUAAGCGAGCAAGUAGAGAAGUUCGAAGAAAUCGUCGCACAAUGUGGAUCCUGUCCUGUAUCGCAAUCGUGUUCGCAUUAAGUUGGUUACCAUUGACAACAUUCACUGUUAUAUUAGAAUUUGGCAUUUAUACUUUUAAGACUCCAACUUCAAUGUAUAUGACAUUCGUCGUGUGCCAUAUGGUGGCAAUGACCACUGCUGGCACCAAUCCUUUACUUUAUGGUUAUAUGAAUACAAAUUUUAGACGCGAUUUACUCAAUUUAUAUUAUUCAGUAUUUAAAAUUGAUGGAAAUGCUAGACGUAGUCAACGCCGAAGACGAUUAAAUAGUCAGAUUUAUGAAGGGAGACAACAUAGAGAUGGUAAAUCUGCAAACACAACCACUGCUGAGCCUGUGUCAAUCAUUGUAAAGAAUCGCGAUCGAAGAACUAGCUCUAGUGUUGGUACCACAUUAACAACUACAUUUCGAACCAGAUCAUCUAGUUGUGGUAUAGCUCAGCAAAAAAUUGAUGAGUUGUAGUAAUGUAAACUUUUUUUUAGGCAUCUUUUUUUGGGUCAAUUCAAAUUGUUUUCAAUUGUUUGAUGUUUUUUUAUUUUUGAUGAAUUAUAGUUGAUGUGGACAUGAAGUACCUAUCUCAAUCAGCAGGAGAAGUCUGGAUCAGAAAAAAUUUGCAAGAGUAUUUCAGAAAAUACCACCUUAAAAAUUUUCAUUCUCAAAUUUCAAAAUUUUGGUAAAAUUUUAAAUUGGCUUUUAAAAAAUAUCAAUUUUACCUACCUACCUAUGUACCUACCCUACACAUGACUGAAGAGGAAAUCUGAAAUUGGUUAAUAUCUACAUGCUUCAAUUUUGUAAUUUUUCAAUCCCUCAAAUCAAUUAUGAGUGACUUUAUUAAGCUCUUUCUAAGUUUUUAGUGAGACUGAAUCUUCAAGUUUUAUUUAAAAAACAUUUGCUGACAAAAAAAAUAUAUCCAAUUGACCACUACUUAGGUAUACAUUUUUAUUCAAAAAUUCAAACAGAGAGGAGAAAUGGCGAGUGGUGUAAAACUCUAUAUCUGACCCCUAUCUGUGUGAUUUCACAUAGUACUGCCAACUUCAUCAGAAACAUAUCAUAAGUAAUAUGUAUUAAAUUGUAAUUUGUUUGGCUCUAUUCCUCUGAAGAAACUAAAUAGGAUAACUGUAUAAACAUACAUAUUCAGAUAUUACAUCCUCAUUGCAUUCCAUUGAAAACUCCUCAAUAAUAUCUAAGAGGUUAAUUGAGUAAAAAUGUCUUUUUUGAUUUUUGUAUCAUAUACCUUCAAAAAUGAAAAGUCUUGAAAUAAUGAUCCACAGUCAAAUGAAAAGGUGAGAAUUUUGGCUAAAAUUAUCUACCUAAAAAAUUGAGAUCAAUUCUCAAGUUGUCGGCUAUGAUGAAAUAGGUACCUAUCAACUAUACUGUACCAAGCUACCUAUUCUACAACUAGCAUUAUUUUUAGAUCUGAACUGAAAUUAUUGAACCUCAGAUCUUAUUUUAAAUAUAUAAUGUGUAUGUGUAAAGCAAGAAGUGAUUUAAUUUUAACAGAUGAGAAAUCACAACAAUUUAAAAAGUGUUCUUUUGUUUUAAUUAUUGUGCUUUUAUUUAAUGUUAAUAAAUUAUGUGUUUUGAUGUUUCAUUCCUCGGUGUUGUUUUUGAGGAUUUCCUUUCUGUAAAUUGAUACAUAUUACAUCAUCUAAAAAUGUAUUUUUAAUUACCUACUGUGGUUUUAUUUAUCAACAAUAAUAGUUUUUCAUUUUUCUCCCAUAAAAGAAUAAUUAUGUCAACCAACUUUUUAUUUUAUUUCCUAAAAAAUUCCUAUCUGGUAAAAUUCCUCGCUACUUUGUUUCAAUGGACAUACUCGAUUCAUACUAUAGGUACCAUUUAGUAUUCAUAAUUGACGUUUUAAAAAAUUACCUUUUACAUAUUAAGACUUCAUUUUUUGAAAUUUAUGAUCACAAAUAUUGAUUGCAUAGUACUCUUUUUAACAUUUAUAAGAAGUUGUGUGCUUAUAAUGAUUUGAAAAGUUCUAACUUCUAACCAGUUGUAGGGAAAUUUAAGGUACCUACCUAUGAGAUGAGGUAAUGACACAAUGAAACGAGUACUUUCCUGUAUAAAUAUUGUUGUAAAAUUGCACAAUUAUAAACAAACAGAAAGACUGAAAUGCAAUUGUAAAAUAUCCUUAUUGUAUAAAAAUGUUUUAUUUAUCAAACUAUAAUAUAGACAGAAUACAUAUUUUUUGUGUUUAUUUUUGUGUGUUGAAAUAAACUUUCUGUGUGAUGUA